AUGUCCAGAAAAGUCGCCGUUGUCACUGGAACCAAUAGCAAUUUAGGUCUUAACAUUAGCUACCGGCUUUUAGAGGCUGUCACUGAUCCAAUUACCUUAGUUGUUACUUCCAGAACUCUACCCAGAGUGAAAGAAGUUAUUGACACAAUCAAAGAGUUCAAUUCAAAACUUCCCUCUCCGAGAGACCUAGAGUUUGACUAUCUUUUGGUGGAUUUUACAGACAUUGUCUCUAUAAUAUCAGCAGCUUAUGAUUUGAACAAUUCAUAUGACCAAAUCAAUUAUUUGUUCAUCAAUGCGGCCCAAGGCGUUUACGAUGGUAUCGAUUGGAUUGGUGCUACCAAACAAGUCUUGACCAACCCCGUACAAUCGGCUACCUUUCCUACUUACAAGAUACAGAGAGUUGGAGUGCAAUCAAAAGACGGUUUGGGAUUGGUAUUCCAGGCAAAUGUCUUUGGACCUUACUACUUUAUUCAUAGAAUAUCAAGAUUACUAGAGAAUGCUAAUGGAGCCAGAAUAGUCUGGAUAUCAAGUAUCAUGUCGGAUAGCAAAUACCUAUCCCUUGAAGAUAUGCAAUUAUUAAAGUCUGAUGUCUCUUACGAGGGGUCCAAGAGAUUAGUAGACUUGUUACAUUCGGCUACUUACAAACAACUAUUGAAACAGGGGAAUAUUAUACAAUACGUUUGUCAUCCAGGUAUUUUCACAAGUUUAUCCUUCAUGAAAUAUUUGAACGUGUUCACUUAUUAUGGUAUGCUGUUAUUAUUCUAUGUUGUAAGAUUCCUAGGUUCUCCUUGGCACAAUAUAACAGGAUAUACGGCAGCCAACGCUCCAUUGUUUUGCAUCAAGUCUGAUAUUCAAUCAGAUCCACAGAAUCUGAAAUAUGGAAGUGCAUGUAGCAAAAAAGGUGUUGAAUAUGUUAAAGCUCAGGAAAUAGACGAUAUCGGUGCAUCAGAUGUUCUUCAAUAUUUCGAAGCUCUAAGGGAUGGAACAGAUGAAAAGUUCAAGGACCAAAUAUUAGAAACGAGGACGAGAUAA